UUAGCCAUUAACCUUUCCCUCCAUUUUCUCUUUUCUUAUUUUUGGAAAAACCGCCAGGAACCUUUUAACCUGCCAUUAACAGGAGGAAACAGAGCUCUCUUCUUGUACCAAACCUCACUCAUACUUUCCUCUGUGCAGAAGAAACAGUGGAGAUUUGGAAUGAAAAGACUGCAAGUAAGAAGGAAUUGCUUUAUGCAACCCCAAAAAGCCAUCCUUUCCUUGUCACUUCUACAUUUGCUUAUAAAUGCUCUCUUUUGAAUAAAAAUCUCACCGAAUGCAUUGUCAUUUUGAAAAGAAAUACAAACUCGACAACAACCAAAACCAAAAACCGUUUGGAUUCUCUAUCUAAAGAAUUAUGUCUUUGAGCCCACCCAGAACAAGAACCAAUGGCACCACAGGAAACUUCCAGCCAUACUGGUGCUACCAGUGCCAUCAAAUGGUCAGGAUUGCCACCACGGACCCAUCAGAAAUCAUCUGCCCUCGUUGUUCAGGGCAGUUCCUUUGUGAGAUUGGAAUUAAUAGACCAAUACUGGUUGUUGAUUUCACUGCUUUUGAUCCUUCACCAGAAGCUCGCUUACUUGAAGCACUAUCUCUCAUGCUUGACCCACCAAUCAGAAGAUUCAAUUAUAGUCUCGAUGAACCUGAACCUGAACCUCCUCGUCGGUCCUGGUUUCGUAGACGGAAUCGACCUGACUUUUUUGAUACUGAAAUUCGUCCUCGAAGGCGUAGAAAUCUGUCGCUAGAGCUUGAUGGGAGAGAUAAUUGGGAUUCAUUGGACCCUGAAAUCCGCCCACGGAGGUCUCGGGAUUGGAGUCUUGAUGGGAGAGGUAUUUUGGAACACGAACCUGGGAUCCAAUCCAGGCCAAGAACAUGGAUCCAAUACAGGCCAAGGAAUCCUCUUGGUGAACCAAUUGAACCCCUUUCGCAAUCUGAAAACCCAGUUCGUCCCCUGGUUGAUCCCAGGGACUUUUUUGUGGGGUCAGGCCUAAACGAGUUGAUUGAGCAAUUGACACAAAAUGACCGCCAAGGGCCACCACCAGCUCCAGAAAUCGCCAUUGAUACCAUACCAACUGUAAAAAUCGAGGCAAGUCAUUUGGUGAAUGACUCUCAUUGUCCGGUUUGCAUGGAAGAGUUUAAAGUUGGAGGGGAGGCAAGGGAGUUGCCUUGUAAGCACAUAUACCACAGUGAAUGUAUCGUGCCAUGGUUAAGGUUACACAACUCCUGUCCAGUUUGUCGAAAGGAGUUGCCGGUUAAUAGUGAAAGUAGUGCUCAAGAUGAAGAUGAGUGUGAGGAUGGAGGGGGUAGGAGGGGAAGGUGCUCGAGGUGGAGGAGGCAGUUGUCAUCUUUAUGGCCAUUUCGCGCUAGGUAUGGGAGGAUUAGUCCUCACGGAGAGGUUGCCGGUACCUCUCAAGGAGCAGUUGAUUCACGAUGGUGUUCUUGCAAUAUUCUUUAGCAAUAAAACGUUGAUGGUCUUGCUAAAGCUAUUUAUAUCGACUUUGUUAUGGUUAUAUGUUUGUUAGGAAUGUAAUUGUAUGGACCAAUUAAGGAAGGACACUCGAGAAGAAAUUGUGCAGGACAGCUGAUAGGUUACAGGGCAAAGCUAAUACUGCGGAUAAAAUAUCGUUUUAUGCGACUACUGUUGUACUUCAAUGAGACAUGGCCUAAAAGCUUCGCAGUUGUCUCUGGUUUGGUUGACGAAAUAUAUUAUUUCAAGAGCAAAAUGAAAAGAAAUUGAAGAAUAAAUUAUUUGGCAUGCACUUUGUUGUAUAGGCGUGAUGUUUUAUUUAUUUGCAAAGAACAUAAGGGAACCACCAAAGCUAUUUAUUUAUUCAUUUAUUUUCUUCGCUAAAGAAGCAGUUCUGGAUUAAUGGUAAAG